AUGUUUUCGGGCUCGGCUUUCGAGGCGCAAGAGCAUGGGAGCUUCACGUUUGCGGAUUGCUCGCUUAAUUUGUCAUUUCUAGGAAUCGAACGGGUGGACUGCCUCAGCAAUGAAAAGCACACGGUACUGGUUGCUCCUGCGGGUUCAUUCACUUGGUACUACUCGCAUUUCCACUGUCGUACUUGGACAGUGUCGGUUCCGGUGGCCCGGCAAUAUCCCACAGAUAUAACUAAGAGUGUUGUCCUGAAGUGGAAUGCGCCGGAUUGUACAUCGUGCGAGAAGAGUGGUGGGAGGUGCGGGUUCAAGGGUUCCGCGGGCUCCCAUGUUGGAUGCUUCGGUAAACAUGGGCUUUCAAAGCGUGCCAAGUUGGGGAUACUCCUCGGCGUCCUGUUGCCCUUGCUUCUUUGCAUGUCCGGGCUUGCGUCCUACCUAAGGUCGCGCGCUCGAGUCUCCGUGCAUCGUGAUCCUCGCGAUCGACCUCCUCAUGGCAACAACAGCGAAAACAACAUUGCAAAUAUCAUGUCUCCCUCACGCCCCUCAAGAGAAACUCGACGCGCCUCUAAUGGUGUCACGGGCAUCGCUUCAGUCACAAUAGAAUCUUAUCCGAAGAUUCAAGUCGAUGAUGAUGGACGGGUACCUAGGCCGGACGACAAUAUUUGCGCAAUUUGCUUGUCGGAAUACCAGCCCAAGGAGACACUCCGGACCAUUCCCAAGUGUGGACACUACUUCCAUGCGCAGUGCAUCGAUGAGUGGCUCGGGCGGAAUGCUUCUUGCCCGUUGUGCCACGAUCACAAGGGGUACGUGUAA